AUGAAUUAAACAACCCCAAAGUCGUCAGGAAUCAAUUAUGCAAGUAAGUGUUGCUGUUAUUAAGAGUUAAGAAAGUAGAAAUCAAAGGAAACUACCAUUCCAAAAUCAAUGAGCAACAAUCUGAAGUUCGAUAUCCAAUAAAAUCAUUAAUAUGGCAUUCUUAAACAUAGGAGUACUUCCCAACACAAUAUACAUGAACAUGUGCAAUCACAACAAUAAAUUCAAUUGUUCGAAUAAUAUUUCAAUCAGUCAAAACAUUUAUUGCCCUUCAUAGAAUUUGUUACUAAAUAAAUAUAAUAUCAUACUUAACCGAUUCAAAUCAAUGCGAACAUUUUUAAAAAUGGUCAAAGAAGAUGGGAUGAUGAAAAACGAAGGAUCCUCAAUGAAUUGAAUCAAUGCAAGGAAGAUAAUUGUUUGUUACAAAGUGAAAUUCACGAAUUGAAAAGACAGAAGAAUACUAUUUCCAAACAAUGUGAAAACCUAUAGGUAAUCAUUGUGCAGGAGAGACUGGGCAAAUAAUAAAAACAUCAUCACUUCUACAAAUUCCAAGAAUUGACCAAGAAUAUUCAUGUUCCCACCCAAGAAACCAUCUCAUCAUUAACUGACGAAAGGUUCGAAAGCAAUGAAACAUCUUUGGAUUCUUCCUUAUCAAAUGAUGAUCAUCAUCAUCCCAAUUAGCUGUUUGAAUUAUUGAAGACUGGAAAACAUAGAUACCAGUUUUCUAAGAAACUUAAUUGA